UGGAUACAAUUCAGUAACCAAACUAUUCCUUUUUCAUAUUCUGUCCUCCCUCCACACUGUCCCGCUGACCUGUGCUCACUUUGCAUGAUAACAAUAAUCACUAAUCAGAAGUUAUUAGGACACGUUAAGUACUGAAGGGAUUGCUCUGUGUUUAUAUGAUCCGCUCUAGAUUACAUGAGGUUCGAGUCUCAAAACCUGCCAACACAAGAUGUGAAGAGAUGUAAUUUGUCAACUUGGACCCAAUAUUAUUCGUUUUAGUUGUGUGUCGUUUAUUUAAUUUAGGAUAACUUAAUAUUUUCAGAAUCAGGUUUUAUUGUCCAAUUAAGUUGCACAAACAAGGAAUUUGACAUGGUGAAGUGGCUCUCAGUGUGCUUACAUAGAAUACACAUCAAAAUACAAACAGUGCGAUGGUCUAAGAAAAGAAGUGCAGGGAUAAAUAUUGAACGGUAUGAGUAUUACUGUUAUACAGUGAGGGUGAUAUAAUAUAAUAUAACUUCGGGAGUAUUUGUACAGUGGUCAUUAAAAAGAUCCAGGGUUAUUGCACAGUGCCACAGUGGAUUGGCUGUUCAUUAGUGAGACGCAAGGGGGAAGAAACUGUUUUUGUGUCUGGAGGUUUUGGUGAACAGAGAUCUUUAGCGCCUACCAGAGGCGAGGAGACGGAAUAGGUUGUGUCCAGGGUGUGAUGGGUCUGCAAUGAUCUUUCCUGCCCGUUUCCUGACCCUGGAGGUGUACAGAUCUUGGAUGGUGGGCAGGUUGGCACCGAUGAUCUUUCCUGCAGACCUGACUGUCCGUUGGAGUCUGUUCUUAUCCAGAUGGUGGCCGAUCCAAACCAGACAGUUAUUGAUAUGCAAAGAACCGACUCGUUGAGUGCAGUGUAAAACAGUAUCAGCAGCUCCUGAUGCAGGUUUUGCUUCCUAAGCUGGCGCAGGAAGUAAAACCUCUGCUGUUCUUCUUGAUGAUUUUAUUGAUGUUGGGUUCCAACUUUAGGUUCCGGGAGAUUGUGGAUUCCAGAAAUCGGAAAUUCCACAGCCAACACAGUAUUGUUGAGUAUGGUGAGGGGCUGCAGUGCUGGGGGGACUCCUCCUGAAGUCCACUGUCAUCUCCACGGUUUUAAGCGUGUUCAGCUCUAGAUUGUUGUGACCGCACCACAGGGCCAGCUGUUCAACUUCCGGCCUAUAUGCAGACUCAUCAUUAUCCCGGAUGAGGCCUAUGACUGAUGUGUCGUCUGCAAAUUUUUGGAUUUUAACAGAUGGGUCUCCUGAGAUGCAGUCGUUAGUGUAGAGGGAGAAGAGCAGUGGGGAGAGCACGCAUCCCUGUGGUGCACCAGUGCUGACUGACCGGAUGCUGGAUGUUAUUUCACACAGCCUAAACUGCUGCUUCCUGUCUAUCAGGAAGUUUGUGAUCCACUGACGGGUGGAGGCAGGCACAGUGAGCUGGAUGAGUUUGGUGAGGAGGACUUCUGGGAUGAUGGUGUUGAACGCUGAGCUGAAGUCCACAAACAGCAUCCUUGCAUAGGUCCCUGGGGAGUCGAGGUGUUGCAGGAUGUAGUGCAGCCCCAUGUUGACUGCAUCAUCCACUGACCUGUUUGCCCAGUAGGCAAACUGCAGAGGUUCCAGCAGGGGGCCUGUGAUGCCCUUCAGAUGGGUCAACACCAGUCUUUCGAAGGUUUUCCUGACCACAGACGUCAGGGCGACGGGCCUGUAGUCAUUCAGUCCAGUGAUGUAGGGUUUCUUAGGAACUUGGAUGAUGGUGGAGCAUUUGAAGCAGGAGGGGACUUCACACAGCUCCAGAGAUCUGUUGAAUAUCCGUGUGAAGAUGGGAGCCAGCUGAUCAGCGCAGGCUUUCAGACAGGAGGGUGACACACCGUCAGGGUCUUACGGCCUUUUUAUUCUAAUUCUAAUGUCGGACAGAAUUUUCUUAAAUUCAAAGUUUUUAAGUAUUUGAAGUUCAUUGCUCGUUGAAAGGAUGUACUUGCCUGAUUAUGCUAUAAUAUUAUCGUAUCAGUUGUAUAAAAGUAGUUUUAUUUUUCGCAAUUAUACUGCCAAUAAACCUUGUUAUCGUGACUUGCCUACCUUAAUGGGACAUAUUAUGAAAAUUCCACUUUUGUAGUGCUUCUACACGUUAAUUUGGGUAUCUGGCAUGUCUACUGUCCCCAAAACUCUGUAAACUCUGUAAAAUAAAUUAACAUAAAUAAAAAAGUGAGCCAUGGGGGAACAGGGAACUCAGGGCCUGAAGAGGUAUGCUGUGUGACCUCGUUAACUUCUUGCACAGGGUGCAGGUUGGAUCACUGCAAGUGAUCAGUCUCGGCUUCUGAAAGAACUCCUCCAGAGCCUUACUGUAGUCAAGAUCAGCCACAGAGGGACCAUUUCUUUUUAUACGGAGGCAGGCAGUAAGGCUUUCCCCUGCAGCCUGUUCCUGAGGUCUUGAUCUAUUGAAAAAAAAAAAAUGUAAGUCUUUGGAUAAAUGUAAUAAAAUUGAAAAAUAAUCACAUAACUGACAUUAAACAAAUGUGUACCUACUUAAACUGCUAGCAGAAAAGUGAAAACAAAAUACUCACCCUGUUCAUAGCCGAGAAAUCUCUCUCGCAGUUGACACUUGACACAGGAAUUGUCAGUGCAAUGGCAGAGUACUGGGCCAGGUUUGGGUACAGGAGCUUCAGCUCAUCAAAGUCAUAGGCCAGCUCCUGCAUUACCUCCAACUUUGACUUAUCCUAGUAGGAUAAAGCAAACAGUAAAAAGUGUUAGGAAAACAGAAGUUAAAAAAAAAAACAUUCAAAAUUUUGCUUCUGCUGCUUACCUUAAAGAUGCCCUGGCCCACAUGAACCUUGAAGCUGGUACAUUCUUGCAGUGCUGCUCUGCCAUCCACAGUGGGAAAUUUUUGGGAAAGCAGUUUGGAACAGCUCCUUUGGCCUGCCUGGUCACAAUGCUGCACUCUCAGGUAAGGGGGGACAGAGUUAAGAAUAGCAUCUUCUUUAAGCUGCCCGGACGGAUGAGCCUGUUCACCCUAAAGAAGAACGCCCUCCAGUGGACAAAGACCACCUCAGAGUCAGAGGCAUCAACUGAGGCGGCUGGCAGUACUUCCCAGCUAGCUUCCAGCAGCAGCACCCCUGCAGUAGGCUCGGCUUCUGUCCCCAUUGGCCCUUCUGAGGCCACUGGGCAGGAGAGCUGUGACUCCACUGAGACCACUGCUGCCGCCAGCGGAGACAAUGACGCCUCGGUGGAUGAGAGCUCGUCCAGCACCUCCUGCUCCACAGAGCCUCAGGCCCCCAGCACCCAGCCUCAGACCCGCCUCAGCAGAGCAGCAGGACAGCAGGGACGCACAGACAUACAGCAGAGCCAACAUGCUCAACACACUCAGACCAGACUGAGCCGAUCCAGACAGUCAGGGAGGCAGAGGAAGAAAGCAGUCAUGAUGCCUCGUGUUGUCCUCACCCCUCUUAAAGUAAAUGGAGAGCAUGUCCCAACAGGGCCCAUGAAGAGGAGUCGAGGAGGAGUGGAUGUAGACUUUGAGACACCAGGCUCAAUCCUGGUUAACACUAACAUCAGAGCCCUCAUCAAUGUGCGGACCUUCUCAGCCUUUCCCACACACUCUCAGCAGCAGCUGCUGCAGUUGCUGCCAGAGGUGGACCGACAAAUUGGGCCUGAUGGAAUGGCCAGAUUGAGUAGUUCAGCUCUAAAUAACGAGUUCUUCACCCAUGCCUCCCAGAGCUGGAAGGAAAGGCUGGCUGAAGGUGAGUUCACCCAUGAGAUGCAGGUGCGUUUUCGACAGGAGAUGGAGAAAGAGAAGAAGGUUGAGGCAUGGAAGGAAAAGUUCUUUGAAGAAUACCACGGGCAAAAGUCUGGACUGACACGAGAGGAGUCCCUUAAGCUUACCAUGAGUGAAACCAAUGAAGUUGCAGCCAGUGUGCUCGACAGUGAUGUUGCUGUUGUCGCAACUGGUGCUCCCAAGAGACGCAGCGUAGGUCGACGAAGGAGAGAUGGCAGGAUGAGGAGACGCACGCGGGCUGACCUGCGUCGCAGGGCACGCAGGACCCUAUGCAAGGCCCCUGCUCCUACCUUACAGCCUGAAGAAGCAACUGAGAGUAGUGUUGCAGUGGACAUCUCAGCUGACUCUAUUGCCUCUCCAAUGUCUGACAAUACAAUGGUUCAAGGAGAGGUGGUGCUGCAGGCAGAGUUUGGUGUGGAGCUUCCAUCUGAGAGUGCCCUCAUUGAGCCAAAGCCCUCACCCAAUCAGUUGUCAGUGUGUUUGCCAGCCCCAUCUCCUACGCCUACUCCCACUCCCAGCCCUACUGGCAUCAGUGCAAAUGAGGAGCCUGAACUUACCGCCUGUCUACUCCCUGAAGAGCCUGCACCUGUCCUGGCUUCCACCUCAUCCCCUUCCUCCUCCUCCUCUUCCGUUUCAUCUGCCUCUUCACCUGCCUCCUCACCCUCCUCACCUUCAGAUGAACAAGGAGCUUUUGCCGCAGGUCUAGACUCCUCUUCAUCCUCAUCAGCAUCCUCCAGUGCUGCAGUUGCAGCCGAUCCCCUUGAUGAUACUGCCUCAGUGGUCACUUCCAUCACAGGGGGUACCGCCACCAGCAGCCGAGAGAGCAGUCCUUCGGCAAGCCCAGCCAGCACAACUGUACCCAAUGCUCAGCUUAAGGAGCAGAAGAGAAGGCCAGAUGAGAGUCAGGCCUUCUCCAGCUUCCCCGAAAAGAGGCCGCGGAUCGACGACCGUCAGUCCUUUCGUACCACAAUUGACAGUGUCUGUUCGGAGAAGCCGCAGCCGACAACAGAAGAACCCAAGGUGCCGCCUAUCCGGAUCCAACUGUCCAGAAUCAAACCUCCCUGGGUUAAAGGGCACCCCACCUACCAGAUCUGCCCACGGAUCGUGCCUCCCGGUGAGGGCUCUCGGCGGUCGGGGACGGGGGGCGCACGCACCUUGGCAGACAUCAAAGCCCGUGCCCAACAAGCCCGGGCCCAGCGCGAGGCCGCUGCUGCUGUUGCAGCCUCUGGCGAGGGGGCAGGGCCGGCCGCAGUCAGGCUGCGGCCUGCUUCUGGGCUACCGGAUAGCAGCAACAGACGAAGAGCACAAGAGCAUCCAGGACCUAUCGAGCCAGGAGGAGGAGGAGGAGGAGGAGGAGGAAGACGAGGAAGAGAAGGAGGAGGAGGAGCAGGAAGCAGAGAGGAGGAGCAGGGAUCGUCUUUGGGCGCUAAUUUGUCUAGAACACAACUACUGCGUCUCAGUGUAGAUCCCACACCCCAGCCCUCCCUAUCUUCUACCUUAACAUCCAUGUCCUUGGAGCCUUUACAAACCCCAAGCCCUCCUCAAGAGGAGGCAGCUUGGGGCCCAGAGGCUACAGAGGAAAUAGAAGCAACAUCAGCCAGUGUUCAGAGAACCUGUAUUGGGCAAACAGAUAACAUAGCUGUCAAGCCUUCUCCAGAGCCUGUAGCUGUAGACACUGUAGCUGAGCCUUUGGCUGCCCAGCCGACCAGGCAAGGCCAGUCUGCCGCUGUCCCCAUAGAGAGGUCAGAUAAGAGUUGUGAAAAAAUCCCACUGGCCCCAACCUCAAUCCCAGAUUCCCUCCCUAGAUUUGGGGCUCAAGGUGUGGACGUUAUUCAGACGCUGGCAAGUUCCUGUCAGCCCAUAGAUAAGGAACAAGGGAAAGAGGCUGGAAUGGGUGGUGUUAUCCAGCAUGGUUCCCACCAUAUGGACGCCCAGGAGCCUCUCUCUCAUUCAGUGUUAGAGAACCAACUUACAGACACAUCGUCUACCCAGAAUUUUGUCUCCGGAGGAGAUAAAGAAGACGAGGCGGGGACACAUAGCGACUCCACAGAAACUGCUUCAGACUGUGAGGAUGAGUGCCAGGAAGAUGAGCAGCAGCCGCAGCUUGACCAGGACUGGUGCCCCACACUGAGCACCCAGAGAAACAGCCAACUGCUCAGCUGCAGCCCUUCUCCUCAGAACCAGCAGCCGGUCAUCCAGGCCCACGUUUCUGGUCGCCAAGGUCAGACCGUCAUUAUGCCUUGCUUCCCCAGCAACUUGUCUAACCCUUUACAGAGCCGCUCCCAUUGUCACAACCACCUGCCACUUCCCCAAGCCCUCCCACAAGGCCUCAGGGAUAGCAACGUUGUGGUCAAAAUUGAACCUGGAGAUGAUGGCAGAACUGCCAGACAGAAUUCUGCUGAAGAAGAGUGCUGUGAAGGCCUAAAGCCCUCUGUCACUCAACUGACUGCAGCAGCUGCCUCCAAGAGAUUGGCCAACUCAGUCAGACCAGUGUCGAGUGUGGAGGCCAACAACCCUUUAGUCACUCAGCUGCUGCAGGGUAGCCUGCCACUGGAGAAAGUUUUACCCUCACACUCUGCCAACAGGCUGGAGAUUAGCCGAUUGCCAGAGGCACAACCCAGGCCACAACUAACCAGGAUACCUGGGCCUCGUCACAGGCCUGAGGUGUCAGCCCAGUCUCUUGCUUUAGAACUCAAUGCAUUUUCUCAGAGCCACAACAAGUCUCCUAUAGGCCAUCCAGUCUCGUGUCUAAUGGAGGCCCCAGCUGUAUCACAGCAUCAAUCUCAGCAGGCCCCUGGGGCUGUCCCAGUCAUCACUUCUCUGCCACCCUCCUCCUUCAGUGCUUUGUCCUCCAGAAGUAAGACAGACAUUAGCUCCCAGACUACAGUGGAGUCUGCUGUUAUCAAAGACUCCCGUGGCCCUCAGCCCUCAACAGGGACCACUCCAGACAGGCCCCAGCCCUCCCACCGGACUAUGCCUAAUAGGCCAUCCCCCCCUCAUGCAGACACCUGUCCCACAGAGGUUUUACCUACUAUUAAGAUCAACUGGCGGCCCCAACCGUCUCAGCUCCUCCACCCUCAACAACAGCAAUUUUCUCCUGCACCUACCAUAAAGAAUGAAGAUGCUGCACGACCCUCUUGCCAGGCUCUUGCCAAAUCCUCCCCCACUGUACCCAUGAGUAUUACCAAAAAAGAGCCUGUGAGCUCUGUGGAAAGCUUCCUUAGUGGAGGGGCAAUGGAGGGACUCCUCAAUAUGGAGAUGACUUUUGCUAGGAUGGCUAAAAAGGAGCAUGGCAAAGCUUCCUUUUCAUCUGGCUCCCCCUCCACCUCCUCCUCUCCCUCACCCUCCUCCUCUUCCUCCUCCCUUCCCUUCCAACUGUAUGGGAAGCUGCCCAAGAAAGCGGGCAGUGUUGGAGCAGUAAGCUACACAGCCAAUGUGUCAGUGAUGGACAAUGGUGGUUUCUCCAGGAGCAUGACGGAUAGUGUGCUCCAGCUGCGUCCCCGCUUGACCUCCAGCCAGACCACCCUUAGCAUCCAGGCCUUUGCUGACAGUACAGCUGAGGAGGUGGCGCUCAAGUGCUCGUGCCGCCUCAAAGCCAUGAUCAUGUGCCAAGGCUGUGGUGCUUUCUGCCACGACGAUUGCAUCGGUCCCUCCAAACUCUGCGUGUCAUGUCUGGUGGUUAGAUAGCAUGUUGAAGUCCUUGUGCACUGCCGUACUGCUUUCUGUGUACAGUAUCAGCAACAGGACUCAGGCUCAGUGGACAGAAGCCUGAUUUGGUCAGAGCACAUAGGAGGACCCUAUCAGGCUUGCCUUGUAUAAUGACUGGCCUGAAUUUUUGGUUGUUGCAGAAAUUCAGAUUUUAGUUGUUGUACUGCUAUUAUUAUUGUUAUUAUAAUUAUUAUGAUUAUUAUUGUUAUUAUGAAUUUGGGGGCAUGAUUUAUUGUGAAUUGUGCCUUUUUUGUUUUCUCUCCUCAAAAACAUUUACCUCAUCUUAUCUUGCUCCACCUGUCAUCUUUUGGUGGCCAUAAUUGUUUUGGUCCCUCGUCAAAGAAGUAUUUUUUUAACCAUUAAAAUGAGUAAAUGGCA